UGCAAACGCGUUCUAUUUUUUUUUUUUUUUGUAACAAGAAUUAAACGUGCUCGGGCUAACAUUUUUCGACGGGAAGGAAACGGGAACAAGGAAGGCAAGGGAAGACAGUAUGGAUCACCACACAUACGCAAAGAGUGGAUCCAAAAAAUGGUCCGCGGAGGAGAAGCAUCAGCUUGUUGAGCAGCGCAUAGCGGCUGACGAACUCUUCUCGAAAUAUUCGCCGAAACAUGCCGAGCCGUGGAAAAAAUUCAAGGACAUGGCCAAGAUUGGCGAAUUCAGCGAGAUUGCACUUCGCAAGCAGUGGUUCUCCAUGGUGCAGCGCUACCGCGUUCACAAGGCUAACACAGAGCCCGGUUCUCUGACCAAAGAAAAGAUUGAAGAAAUCAACAAAGAGUGGGAGUUCUUUGGGCUCAUACACGCAUACAUGAACCAGAAGACGGCCGAUCUGCAUUCGUAUGCUCUAAAGGAGCCGAAUGUGGAGACUCCGACUAACAACCUGGCUAUCUCCAAUGUAUACUCCUGCAAAGAGCUGAUGCUAGGCGUACUGAACGACCACAACUUUUGUGAGCGCUCGCCGCCAAAUGAGGGUGGUGAUACCACCGACGACGCGGACGAUCCGCCGUCAACAUACGAAAAUAACAACAAUAAUGAUGAGCUGAACAAAUUGCUGGCCGAGGCCACCACUCAACAUGAGGUGGACAGGGGCAGCGAGGACAUAUCUAAUGCCUAUCAUGGUGCUGACGAGAUGGAGUGCGGCCUAGUUAUGAUCGGCGGUGAGGUGUCACUCUCAAACAAUCACUAUAAUGACUUUUACGAGUCGCUAGAGUCGCCGCAACUAUCAUCCCCUUCACCAUCGCUAUCUUCAUCGAAACAGAUGGAGCAAAAGCCGAUGCGUAAAAUAGUAAAGAAGCCCAAACGCAAGCUGAGCGCGAAAGACAAAUAUUACAAACAUCGUCUUGGCUAUGAUCAGCGCAUGGAGAAACGUCUAAUGGGUCUCUGCACCGUAGUGGGACGUCUUCUGCAACAAUUUGCUCCCAACGUGGACGUUCAGCCCCUACUGGACAUGGGCGACGAUAGGGCCCUCAAGUCCCAGAGUACAGCUAGUAUGGAGAGCAAAAGUUAUGACGAGGAGGAGGAGGAGGGUCAGAAUGAUGACGACGAGGAGGAUGAUGAGAACGAGGAAAAUGGGGGUAAUGGAAAUGGAAUCGACGCAGAUGAGGAGGACGACGCGGAUGACAUAUAAUAGAGAAUCAGAAGCACCUCAAUUUCCAAUGAAAUAUUUUGUUGGACUUAGAGGCGUGUUAGUUCCUAGCUAUACUACUAUUACAUAUACAAAAUGGAAUCGCUGGGAAAGGGAGUGCUCACUUCUCAAUCCCAGUAGUGUGUCCAAUUCAAAAGACUUGAAAAAAAAUUAGAAUAGGAUCGCGAGCAUGCUAAGAAUGCAUCUCAGUGAUAAAUAAAAUAACACACAAGAUA